AUGCAACAAGUAAUGAAUGAGAGGCAAAAGUUGGCUGAACUUCUGAGAAAUUGUUCUAAGAAUUUGUCUUUACAUGUGGGAAAGCAAGUCCAUGGAGGUGUAAUAAGGAUGGGAUAUGCAUUUGAUUUGAUGAUAAGCAAUGACCUCAUUGAUAUGUAUGGGAAAUGCGGUAGGAUGGAACUGGCUCGCUCAGUGUUUGACAAAAUGCAUGAAAGAAAUGUGGUUUCUUGGACAGCUUUAAUGUGUGGAUAUUUACAACAGACUAAUGCUCAAGAAUCCUUGUUGCUUCUCUCUCGGAUGGUCUUCUCAAAUGUAAGACCCAAUGAAUACACUUUUUCGACUAACUUAAAGGCGUGUGGUAUUCUUGGUUUUCUGGAAAAUGGACAACAGAUUCAUGGGUUGUGUGGUAAAAGUGGGUUUGAAAAGUAUCCAGUUGUGGGCAAUUCAAUUAUUGAUAUGUACUCAAGAUGUGGGAAACUUUGUGAGGCUGAAAAUAAGUUUCAUGAAAUGCCAGAAAAGAGUCUCAUAACAUGGAAUGUAAUGAUAGCAGGGUAUGCAAUGGGAGGAUUUGGUGAUAAAUCUCUGUUUCUGUUCAAGCAAAUGCAAGAACAAGGAGAAAUGCCAGACGAGUUUACCUUUGCAAGCACAUUGAAAGCUUGCAGUGGUUUUAAGGCGGUCCGGGAAGGUAGCCAAAUUCAUGGUUUUCUUAUUUCUAGGGGAUUCCUUAUUUCCAGCCAGAAAGUUAUUGCAGGCGCCCUUAUUGAUUUGUAUGUCAAAUCAGGAAACUUGUUCGAAGCACAUAAGGUGUUUAGUCAAGUUGAACAGAAAAGUGUCAUAUCAUGGACGACACUGAUUGUAGGGUACGCUCAAGAGGGCAAACUAACGGAGGCAAUGGACCUGUUCAAGCAGCUCAAGGAAAGUAGCAUCACAAUGGAUGGGUUUGUGCUGUCAAGCAUGAUGGGUGUCUUUGCUGAUUUUGCUCUAGUUGAGCUUGGGAAACAAUUGCAUUGUUGUGCAGUAAAAAUACCUGCUGGUUUAGACAUAUCUGUAUUGAAUUCAAUCACGGAUAUGUAUCUAAAAUGUGGGUUAAUAGAGGAAGCCGAAACACUUUUUGAUGGUACGCCACAGAAAAAUGUGAUUUCGUGGACAGUUAUGAUCACCGGGUAUGGGAAGUAUGGUCUUGGCGGAGAAGCAGUCGAACUAUUCAAGAAAAUGCAUAUGGAUAGUAUUGAGCCUGAUGAGGUUUCAUACUUAGCUUUGCUCACAGCUUGUAGUCAUUCGGGGCUAGUUCAAGAAAGUGAAGAAUACUUUUCAAAACUAUGCAAUUCAAAUCGUUUAAAACCUUCAGUAGAGCAUUAUGCUUGCAUGGUUGAUAUCCUGGGUCGAGCUGGGCGCCUAAAAGAAGCUAAGGUUGUGAUAGAGAACAUGCCAGUAAAACCAAAUGUUGGUAUUUGGCAGACACUGCUUAGUGCAUGUAGAGUACACAAGAAUGUUGAAAUAGGAAGAGAAGUUGGGGAGAUUCUCUUGAAACUAGAUGGCAAUAAUCCGGUGAAUUAUGUUAUGAUGUCAAACAUUUUUGCUGAUGCCCGCCUAUGGGAAGAAUGCGAGGGAUUAAGAGGAUUGGUGAAAGCAAAAGGUUUAAGGAAAGAAGCAGGACAAAGUUGGGUAGAGAUCGACAAGAAGAUGCACUUUUUCUACAAUAGAGAUGAGACACACCCACUUACUAAAGCUAUCCAUGAGUUUUUGUAUAAGAUGGACAAGAAAAUGAAAGAUGAACUCGGUUACACACGGGAAGUAAGCUUUUCAUUACACGAUGUUGAAGAUGAAACAAGGGAUGAGAGCCUGAGAUUUCACAGCGAGAAAUUGGCAAUUGGUUUGGCACUUCUUUCUGGUGGCGAUGAAAUUGAGGGGAAGCCAAUUCGUAUUUUCAAGAAUUUGAGAGUUUGUGGAGAUUGUCAUGAGUACAUCAAGGGUUUGUCAAAGAUUUUGAAGAAAACACUUCUUGUUAGAGAUGCCAAUCGGUUCCAUAAGUUUGAGAAUGGAAUAUGUUCGUGCAGAGACUAUUGGUGAUAGUAUAUGUAAAAUAUUAUUACAAAGUUAGGAUGUAUAACUUAAAUCCAAAUAGUAAAAGAAAUUACAAAGUCAGGAUGUAUAACUUAAAUCCAAAUAAUAAAAGAAUUUCCGCACUAAGUUAUUUUUGCAGUAUCUGGGGUUUAUUGACACCAUUCUAGUCUGUAUUGCCCCAAACAUGGUGGCAGCCAUACACAGAGCAGAAUGUCUGAAAAAAUAGCAGCAAGACAAAG